AACAAAAUGAAAAUCCAAGGAAUCAUCAUAGGAUGGACAUAUGCCACCUUCUACCUGGCUACCUAUACUGAUGCUUUUUCUCAUGGUGCAAGCCUUGUGGCUUGUGUUGAUAUGAAACCCAGACACAUCAGGGCUCAACUUCAGAAUCCCAGGAACAAUUAUAUUACAAUAUAUACCAAUGCCUCCUCUUAUUCCCCUGGGGACAAAAUCCCAGUGACUGUGAGGAGCCGGAGAGAUUUCAUGGGAUUCUUGCUUCAGGCUCGAAGAGUUUCUAAUGACCAAAUUGCUGGCACCUUCAUUUUCAUCCCUUCUGGUUCCAAACUGAUGACUUGUUUUGAAGAGGCCAAUUCAGUCACCCACUCAGACAAAUCCCUGAAGAGAAAUCUAUCUUUUGUGUGGAAGGCACCACCUCAACCCAUCGGGGACAUCAAAUUCUUUUUAUCAGUAGUCCAGUCAUAUUUCAUUUACUGGGAGAGGAUUGAAUCAACCAUCGUAUCUCAGCAGAUACAAAACAGAAUCCUUUCUGAUGGCAAUGUGGAGCCAACUACAAGUCUGCAGAAACCAAAUGACCCAGAAGUCACAACCACAGGUACAGCUAAUCCCCUCUAUGUAUUUAUCCAUUGUCAUCCUCAUCUUUCGUCUUAUUUUCACUUAAGUUACUGCCACCAGUAUCCUACAUUGGCAGAAUUGAAGAAAUUCUGGUUAGAGCCCAUUUGGGUAGCAAACAAGUACUUGGCUGGAACAUAUGUCCAGUUCACUAUUCUUGCUAUGGCUGCAUCCAGGUCCCAAAGCUCUUUCCCUCAGCAAACACAAAAGGCAGAGUUUGCUAUUGUCAGCCCAAUUGGAACAUCAGUAACGGACAGCUUGGACCCUGUUCUGGGUGGCCCCACUACAGAGGUUCUUGGAGAUGAAGUGCAUCUUUUGAAACCUUCUCCUCUCCAUGACACUUCAGCAGUGGCCUUCAGCGGUGACCAAAGAGGGCAGCCAGACUGGGACAGUGGAGGCACAGGCAGUGACCAAACUUUAGAGCCAUCACUUGAUGUCCGAGGACUGGAGAGAGCUUUGACAUUGGGAAGCUUGAAAUUCGAGGAUUAUGCCUCCGGUCGCAACACACAUAAUAGGACGCAUGUCGGCUCAAAUUCAGGCACUGGAGAACCCUGUUUUCUCUGUGAUGAAGAUGAGCAGGUGAGGCCUGAGGCUUACAACCUGACUCUGAGCAGACCUCCCUCCUCCAUGGGAACUCCUUUCACCGUUCAUCUCUCCUAUCCCCCUGCCAUCAUGGCGGCUAGAACAAAGACUGUGGAUGAUGACGGGGCCACCAACUCCCGCAUUGGCUUCAAAGCUUCCGCUGCCUUGAGGCGGUUGGCCCUAAGAAUAUCUGUGCUCCCCAAAUCUUCUGCCAGCUUUUUGACUCAGUCGGAGAACAUGAAUCCUAGAGAAGAAGGUGAUGGCGAAGAGAGCACUGGACACCCUCCUCUCACCCACCCAGAGUUUGAGGCUGCAGGUCCUGGGAGAAAGGAAGAAGGCGCUCCUCCCAGGGCUGGCAUUGUGACCACCCAGCUGGGCAUCCUCCUUUGCCUUUCGGCUGCUCUGGGGAUGGCUUUGGCUGCUGGCCUGCGUUGCCUCCAUGCCCAGUACUGCCGCCAGCGGUCCGAGGUGUCUUUUGGGGAGCGUGAGCCCCACAGUGACAUUAUUGCAGUGAGAGACAGCGGAGAAAGAAUGCACUUCCGAAAGACACGCGAGAACAGUGUCUUGUUGGUUCAAGCCCAAUACAACUGGAUCGCCCCCAAUAGUGGAACUAAGAGAACUGUAGUCUGAAAACACAAGCCUGCCGAGGCUUUCUCUCUGCUCCAUAGUGUUUAUUAGCUAGAGCCCUGCUCCUAAGAAUGCUGGCUGAUCAGCCCUGGGAAUCACAGGGAAGGUUAUUGAGCAAAGGAUUCCGUACAGAGAAAUGGUUGCCGAGUGGAAUAAGUGGCAUUAGCUUUAUCAACAGAGGGAGUUCUUUCAGACACUUGUUUUCUUAACAUCUGUAAUUUAGCUCUUUCCCCACCCCCUUUUUGCAAUUAGAUGGCUCUGUUUGAAGAAUUAAACCUAACACAA